GGAGGGGGAGGGAGGGGAGGAGGCAGGCUUUCUUCUCCUGGUUAACUAGACAUGUGAUUAGCUGUGCCGUCUGCUGCUGAUCCUGCAGCCAUUCUGCUCUGCUUCAGAGGAGAAAGCGCCUCCAGCCUGAAGGAUGCUCGGAGCUGCAGGGACCAAGCUGGAUCUGUCCAAACUCACGGACGAGGAGGCCAAACAUGUGUGGGACGUCAUCCAGAGAGACUUUGACCUGAGAAAGAAGGAGGAGGACAGACUGGGAGAGCUGAAGAGUAAAAUCCAGAAGGAGGACACCAAGAGAGAGUUGCUGGGGACUCAGAGCAGCCUGACAGACUCCUACUGCAUCCGCUGUCUUCAGCCCUUCAAGUUCCUAGUCAACGCCAAGCGUCAGUGUUUGGACUGCCGGUUUCAUGUGUGCAGGUCCUGCAGCCACUACAGCAGGAAGGAGCAUGGCUGGGUGUGUGACCCGUGCCACAUGGCUAGGGUCCUCAGGAUCGGUACUUUGGAGUGGUACCAUGAGAACGUGCGUGCUCGUUUCAAGCGCUUUGGCAGCGCCAAGGUGAUGCGAUCGCUGUUCAAGAGGCUGAGUGGAGAACACAGCUGCUCUCAGAGUGAUCUUGGAGAACCACCUGACUUUGACGCACGAAGCGUGCCAGACGUCCACAAUGGAUACGAGGAGCACGGCUUGGAAGCAUCAGACUCACAACAGUUUAAAGACAUGAAAAAGAUCAAAAGGCGUCUGACCGUCGACCCGUUUGAUUUCAUCCUCUGCUGCGAGCGCUCCAAUGCCUCGAGGCGACACAAGGAUCAGGUGAGAGGGGGUCAGAGUUCACUCAGGCCUGCAUGGCUGUGGUUUUCCACCAGAUCCAGGAGCAGCAAAGAGGCCAGGACCAGGACAUGGUUCCACACCACGAUGACCUGGUGUUUGUGGAGAACCACGCUGUCCCGUCUCGCUCUGUGUCCCGGCUCAUCUACUCCUCCUGUGGCAGCGGGAACGCUGGAGGUCCGAGGGGGGGCAGCAGCUUCCUGCCUGACCUGGACGACUCUGAAGGAGAGGAGGAUCCUUGUGAGCGGUAUCCGGUGUAUCAUUCCCACCCAGAACCCUGCAGCCACGCGUCUCAAGAGAGCCUGGACUCUGCGCCGCAGGUCUUUAAAUCCCGCUGCUGCAGGAGGAUGUAAACGAGCUUUAAUGGGUUCGAGGGUGUUGUUAUGCAUCAGCUUUCAGAAGAUCUCUGACCUGAACAGACGGAUGUUUGCUGUUGAGACCUUCUUGAAUCGCUUAGAGCAGAAGGUUGUUCCACCAAACUUUGGGAGUCUGACUCCACAAAGCAUCUCUCCUCCUCCUCCUGCUCCUCCUCAGUGGGAGGAGGUGGAAAAUGAAGAGCAGCUGCUCAGACAAAAGCUGCAUGAGUUAACAGACAACAUCAGUGAUCAAAGUUCUGAUGAAGAUGGGUUCAGCAGGCCGGAUCCUUCUCAGGAGGUCCCAACCAGGAGAAGCCCACAGAUGAAGCCCAAGCCUUCCAGAAUCCCCACCAGACCCACUUCCAGUGCCAGCACCAGGAGCUCCAGAGAGGAGGAGGAGCUGAGCGGCUCUCAGAAGACGGACCUCUCAAUAGAGAGCCUGGAGAGGAAGGAGCGCCCCCUGCAGGAGGCCUCCAUGGGGAGCUUCCGAGGCUCCACAGCUCUGCUCGUUGAGCUGGAGGAUCAAGUGGCUCAGGCUGCUGCCGAUGUUCAGAACGCUCAGAGUCAGGUUUCUUACAUAGAGAACAGGAUCGCUGCCCUGAAAGCCGCCAGCAUCCCAUCAGAGAAAAGACAGAAGUCAGCAAUCCCGAUCCAGGCCAGAAGACUCUCCCACAACUUUCCCACAAACUCGUUUGUGAGGAGCUCUGUCUACAGGGGCUCUCUGACCCAAAGGAACCCGGUGGCAAAGCCCAAACCCCAGCCCCCCUGUGCGAAACCACUGAUGACUCCGGGCUCAUGAGGAGGCGCCUCAGUGUCAUGUGACCGUCGCUGUGGCUGAGAUGAAUAAGAACACCAAGUCAUGACGAGUCGUCUCGAGGAUCUUCACAGAGUAAACCUUCCAGUUGAGUUCAGGUCAUCAAGCUAUUCAGCUUCCUAUAUAAGGAACCCAGCAGGCUGCAUCGAGUCACUGACUAGUGUCAGAGUCUUUACAGCAAUCCUCAUACUAAGCAAGCAUGCAGCAACAGUGGAGAGGAAAACUCCCUUUUAACAGGAAGAAACAUCCGGAGCAGCUGUCCACCAUCUUUAAAGGCUUGCUGCUCAGACUUCUGUUUGCUUUGAGAAUCUUCCACACAGGAUCUGAUAGGUGAUCCAGGGUUAGGCUCCGCCCCCUCUACGUAUCGUGGAAUGUACUGUUGAUGCUGCUUUGAAUCUGAUCCCCAGACAGUUUCACAUCAACACACAAAUGUGCACCAGGACUAGCCUGGCAAGCCAGACUAAAUAAAUGUAUUAUUUAGUCUGGCCACGCUCCAUUGACGGCUCUUGGUUGUGGGGCGGGUUCUACCGUUGUCUUUCAAAUGAUCUCCGCAUUCCACUGGACAAUGAAUGUGACAUACUCUUGUUUCACUCUGUUGCAUCAUCCCACCCACCAGGCAUAUAGAGUGCCCUGAUUGGCCCACAAAUCGGAUAAAGCUCUGUGAUUCGUUCACUAAGCAGAUAGAGCACUAUGAUUGGCCCACCAUUAUGGACCAAUCACAGCUCUUUAUGUGUUUGAAACCCCUCUAGAGAGCUGGGAUUGGCUAGCCAGAGUCCUGGUAGGAGCUGUUGAGGUUCCAAUGGAGCAUGCCUAGACCAAACUUUGCAAAGCAAGAAUUUGGUCUAGUUCACUAGGCUACACCAGGACAGCAGAAAGCCUAAAUGUCUGGUGCUCUGAAUGUUUCUGUUAGAACUGAGGAAAGUCCUCAGGUAAAUCACACAAGGCAGCUUCGGCUGUGUGUGCCUUCACUUGUCUGGAAAGGAAGUUACGGGUGAGUUAGUUCAUGGAGGACUUGUAUCUUCCUCCUGGACCAAACUUUUCACAAGUAGGUUUAGUUUUCUUCAUUCAAACUAACUGAAGCAUUCUGAUGUGGAACUAGUUCCAGCAGCAACAUCUGCAAAGCAGCAGAAACUCUGAUUUCAACACUGAAAUCAUCCACGUCUGAUCCUUUACUACUUUAUUCUUCUCGCUGUGUGGCCUUUCUCUGAUUCUCUGGGGAAACGGCAGGAACUUGGUUUCAAUCAACUUAAUGAAUCAUCUUUUUAUAGCUGAGAUUCCUCAUGUUUCGCUGCUCAAAGCAGAAAUGUGAUGGAGCAGCUGCCAAUUUGGAGAAAAUCAAUUUUCAGCUGCAAAAAGAAACGGAGGAAGACCAGAGGAAAGUUUUAGAUCUUUAUUUCUGCUGCUGGAUUGUUGCUGAUCAGUCAGAAACUCUUUCUGUUGAACCUUCAGCAGGCCCUGACGGAGGUUUUCUGUACGAAGCUGCCGAAUUUUAACCAAAAAGACGAGACUAGAUGUCCUCAGCUGUUCCAGCUUAAUGAAGAGUUCCUGAUCCUCAUUCCAGAAGCAGAAAACGGAGCAGAGAACUUCUGGAUCAGAUCCACUCUGAGGAAAGUCAGUGUGCUAGACACAAAUAAAAAACAUUAAAUGGGAUUUCCUGUAGCAUCUGAAUAAAUAAACAAAAAUAAUCCAGAGAAACAUUUUUGCUCCUUUUUAGAAUAAAUGACUGGAGCGGUCUGAGUUUCAUCUGUUAGAGCGCUUUCUGUCGCGUGUUUCUGAUGGAGCUGAUUGAGUCAAUAAGGUCAUUAGAGCAUGAAAGAGAACAAAUUCUUUGAUGUUGAAAGGAUUCUUUUUGUUGCAUGAGAAUAAAUCUGAUUAUUGUAUUUAUUAUGAUGAUGGCGCAGCUCCAGAUUAAAAACAGAAUAAAUCUGACAGGAAUCCAAACCCAAAA